CAUGUGGCUGGUUGCAGUUUCCGUGCCGCUGCUUCCUGCCAUCGUCCUGGCGUCCCGUCGCUACCACGUCCACCUGUCCUCGCUGUGUCUCAGAGCUCUGGGCUGGGUGCUGAGGCUGCUGCGGCGGGGGGGUCCGGAGGAGUGUGUCCGGAGCACACACUCCUUCGUCUUCUCCAACUGCACCCACGGCAAAGUGGACAGUGUCCUGGAGACCUUUGACCUCUACGCUGAGAUGCACCCCUCCUUAUCCAUUGGUCCAGAAAUAGGUGAGGUGUUGGAUGCUGUGGUCAAGCGGGUGCGUCCCUCUCGGGUGUUGGAGCUGGGGACUCACUGUGGCUACAGCUCAGUCCGCCUGCUGCGUCUGCUGCCCCCUGCUGGCAGACUGAUCACAGUGGAGAUGGACCCCCUCACAGCAGAGCUGGGGGAGGAGGUCAUACUUGUGUCUGGAUUCAAACACCAUCAGUUCCAGGUGUUGACGUCGAGCUCAGCCGAGGUCGUCCCAGCUUUACGCUCACACCUGGAGCCUGAUGGGAGAGAAGGGUUCAACCUGGAGCCUGAUGGGAGAGAAGGGUUCAACCUGGUGCUGAUGGACCACGAUCCUCUUCUGUACCUCGCUGACCUGCAGGCGCUGGAGAAGGAGGAGCUGCUGUGUCGCUCCGGCUGCUCCGUCCUCUUCAUCGACAGGAAGAGACGAGCGGGAGGCCUCAGAGGAAUCCUGGAUCACGUCAGAGGGAGAUCCGACUCCUGCUGCAGCGUCAGGACUGAGCUUCCAUCUUUACUGGAGGUCGUCUACAGGAAGGAACGAGCUGAGGGAGGAGGGGAUGGAAUCUGAAGACAAGGGGUUUAUUGUCAAGGAACAGUUUUAUGUACUUCAAAGAACUGGAAGAUGAAAACAUGCUGAAUGGAUUACUUGAAAAUCUACUUUUAAUGCUGGAUAAUUAAAUUACAAAUAAGUUAAUAAUAAUGAAACUUGUGAUAUCUGUGUCACAGUGUUUAUAAAUGAAACAGCACACAGUGAAUUAGUCGUCUGUGCUUGAGGUUGACUUAUU